UGCAUUUUUGCCUUAUGAGGUAGAUGAGACGGACACCCAAAAGAAGGCGAAUCUCUGUGAACUCUUGCUUUGGCCUGGAUGGUGCUAUUUUUGCGAGUCGCUGGGGUUGAUUUGAUUGGCUCAUAUCCCCGCCCUCAAGGGUGUCAAUGCCUAGAACAUUCGAAAUGGGAUUCCUAGUAUGGAGUUCCGGUUUGAACCUCCAAGAAAUCAAACUUCCCUCCUGUUCUCAUCUCUCGCUAUGGAUGGUACUGUUUCGGGCCUGGCAGCCCAGAAGAUUCGGGAGUCGUUUGCAAUUUGUGGAGUUGAAAGCAGUGAGGAGCUUCUUAGGUCACUUACCGCCCAUGCUGUCGAACAUCUUCGCGAAGCCCAACUCAGGACCGAGAGAGGCAGCGGGUCCGAGCCUAACUCUCAGCUGAAGGAAAAGACGAUCGAAACACCUCUCACUCCUCCACAUGACAAACGUGGAUCUGAGCGCCUUCUGAAACAGGCUGUAACGGAAGGCCGAACGACUUACAAUGAUAUGGCUGGCAGAGGGGAGCGAAAAAGGAAGAAGAGAAACAACGGUCAUGGCUUGAAGUUGAUGGACCAGCAUCCUGGAGCAUCUGCGAGUUGUGAAAGUGGGAUAUCUAGCGACAAGGCUCCCCAAAAAAAUCUGUCGCCUCAAACGUGCCAAACGGUCGAUGACGCUAAUCCUCAGAGUUUACCGACACCCCGCGAUAGCUCCUUGCCAUCAUAUAUGAAUUCAGCCUACGAAAUGAAGGUCAUAACAACGAUAAUCAUGGAAUGCGUCAAAUCGAACUCCGCUAUAGCGAAGUACGGGCAACACACCAGCACAGCUAUGGUAACAACUAAGCUGGAGAAGACACAGGAUUAUGUCAACGAGUUGUCCAAAUACAGUUAUGAUCAAGCAAUCAAGACCAUUCGAAGGGACACUGCUUUAAACGCUGGCAGAGCAAUACAGACCAACUACAACGAAACCAUCUUUUGGCCAAUCAUCCUUAAAUGCGCCGCUCUGAUAGAUCCUGCAACACUGCCCCCCGCGAAAGGCCCGAUCGAUGGAUUUUCAAUGGCGGAAAAAGCUGCUACAAGGAGAUUCAUGGAGGACAUCGGGCAUAGCUUGGGCCCCGAGAAUCAGCGACAAUAUCGUACAUUCUGGAAGAAUAUAUAUGAAAUGCGUGAGGCUGGCGCUCACAAAAUUCUUCUUUACCGCUCGAAAGAAUUCGACAGCUUUUGCAGAACCUAUCCUAAAACAGCGGAAAUCUCAUUUGUGAACAAAGUUUUAGAGUGGGAAAAGCAGUAUCACCCUCACAUCCAGCAAUUAGAAACGCGGAUCUUAUCACUGAGCACAGGUGACUUGAAACGGGUAAGCUAUCUCAACGAUCCUCACGUGCGAGGAUUAUUGAAAGUGCCAGAAACCUCGUGGAAUAGUGCUUCGAAUGAGUGGGCUUCUCUCGCUGAAGAGGAAACUUUCAAACAGUGCGCCGCGGAGUCUGUUUGUGCCGAUAAUCUAGGCAUUAGACACGGCGAUGAAUUGGUGUAUGAAGGUGGGACCGAUAAGUCCGCAUUCGUCACCCUUUUGCCCAAAGACAACGGGUCUUUGUUUGUCUCGUCUAUUGUACCCAUUUGCGAAGGAGACUUCUUAGGCAUAUUUGCUGGCAUAAUCCGUUUCUCGGAGGAGUUUAGUGAAACUCAUGGUAUCUCCGGUCCCACCAGGAGACUUUGGCUUGACUAUUCUCAGGUCACAGGGGUACUGAACCAGAUGCAUGUAUCUGAGCCCGGUGGCAAUGCAAACGUGUGCCUUCUCUGGGAGGCAUUCUGUGGCAACGUUGAGACACAGUCUUGCAUUUCCUGGCAAGUCUCUGUCAAAGCCACCAAGCAAACCAUGCCGUUUGAUCCUAUCAUUCGUGCAGCUGCUCAGCAAGAGCAAUUCGAUCUGCAUAUGUCACCUGACAAUGCCCAAAAAGGCUUUCUCGGAAAUUGUAUCAACUCAUAAUCAGGUGCCGGCUUACAUUUGAGACGCGUUUCAUUUAACGGCAGCCAAGGAAAAUCUAGGGGUUUAACACAGGAGAUUUGUCAUUCAUAUACUUUCUCUUGUGUUUUUGUAGUCUGAAUUUUAAAUCCC